AUGGCAUUGCAUAUUGUGCACUAUCGCCUCUGCAAACCGGCGAGGAAUUUGCAUCUCAGUUACCCUUCGGAGUUCAUUCGAGGAGCGUUUACACCUUUCCAGAAUAGGCCGCUUGUCAGUGGAACUUCCAGUACAACCCCGCUUGUCGGACACCCUGACUACAUGGGCUUAGUUGAUCCGACAGCAGACGUGAAGAUGGUCUUCACCCUUAGACAUCAGCACUGCCACAGACAUCUGCCACUUCUUCGGAAGUGGGAACCGCUUGGAAAAGUUGGGCGACGUCGUGAAUACGUUGACGCCAUAGCACUUCACUUCCAAUGCGUGAUAUCAUAA